UAAGAGCAAAAAAAUGUUGUUUAUAAACAGUGGCGUGAAGUUCAGGUUCAAUUUCCAACUAUUAUGUAAAUAUUAAAAAAAAUGCAGCUGUUCCGGGAAUUAAAUAGAUUUUCCAGAUUAGCAUACUCAAGAUAUUUCAGCACUGGUUUAGCAAAACGGUCAGCGUACGAGGGCGAUGGCAAAACUUCGGUGUCUAUUUUGAAUAUGGAAGAUGACUCGGGUUUGUUAAUCAAUUCCUAUAGCCAGUUGGGAUUUCGCCUGAACAAUCAAAUGAUGGUACUGGGUCCCAUGGCGAUUUUCCCCCGCUCAGUUCUAUCGUGGAAUGUCGAAACUGCAAAGGAUAUCAAUGAACACAGUCUCAGUUUGUUCACGGCUUUGGACCCAAAGAUAGACAUACUGGUCAUCGGCAUAGGAGAUCAAUCUGCAACGCCAGCGUUCAAUAAAAAAAUCUUGGAAUUCAUGCGAAAAUAUCGGAUAAACGUGGAGGUGCUCAAUACCGAGCAAGCUUGUGCAACGUUUAACUUCCUAAAUGCCGAAGCUCGAAUGGUGGCUGCAGCUUUAAUCCCACCAGUAACGUUGCGGGUGAACGAGGAUGAUUUGUUGCGCCGGCAGCUUAGAAUGAAUGAAUCUUUAGAGCUUCUCGAUAAAAAUGAGCGUUAGUUAACUUUGUUUGAUUUUUUCUAAGGUUUGUUGAAACACCUGUUCCUGAGAGAGUUACGGAAUAAAAUAACUGAAAAGUA